GCCGAGCAAACUUCUGGUUGGUUGUUGCCCUCGGGUCGUGCACCGGGGUAGGGGGAAACAGAACCGGCUAUGGAAGAACCUUCGAGGGUUCGCGAACACCGGGCCCGACCGAGAGAACGGGACCGGGAUCAGUACCCGCGUUCGAACCGAGACCAACACCCCGAGAGACAGCGGGACCGAGCUGGGGACCGGCGGCGGGAAAGGACUGGAGACGGGCGGCGGGAUUGGGACCGGCGCGGGGAGCGGGACCGGGGGAGGGACCGAGACCCCCACCUGGAGCGGCACAGGCCUGGGGGCCGCCGCCCAGAUGAUCAAAGAGCUGGGGAGAAGGCCCGCUCGAGCCGGACACGGGACGGCCCCCAGGUGCCCCCCUGGGACACAGCCCUGCCCCCCUGGGCCUUGCCCUGGGAGAACCCGGAGACACCCGCGCAGAGGAAGGAGGGCUUGGGGCGCCGAGGCCCCGACAGCGCAUUUACUUCAGGGAGAUACGUGCCCCCGAACCUCAGGCCUGGACAAGAGGAAGUGGAAUUUUACCAGUCAGAGGCUGAAGGACUCCUGGAAUGCCACAAAUGCAGAUACCUGUGCACCGGGAGAGGUGUGGUUCAGAUAGUGGAGGUGAUACUGAAUGGGAUGGUUCUCAUGUGUAUCGUGGCUUCCUACUUUGUCCUUGCCGGAUUCAGCGCCAGCUUCACCAGCAGUGGUGGAUUUGGGAACAAUUACUCGCCAUUUGCGGGCAGUGAGCUGGAGCAGGUCCGGCAGCUGGACCAGAAGUUCACAGUCCUGCGGGCCCCCCUGAUCUACAGCGGCGUGGCUGUUUCUCUGGGCCUGGGUGUCCUCACCAUGGGUGUCCUACUCCAAGGAGCCAAGAGCCUGACAAGACUGCCUGGGAGGUGGCUGCUCCUGGAAGCUGCCUUCAGCCUCCUCGCUGCCCUGGGCUACUGCGUCGGUAUUGGCAUUUACCUCCACGCAGCACUGCAGAUCAACGCCACAGACACCUGCAGAGCGAGAGAGAGGCUGUACGCCCGCAGGGGUCUCACCUGGAUGAACUGCCAGCUGGCAGGCACGGACGGGGCGGCAGCCACCUUCGCCUGCAUCCUUGUGAUUCUGUAUGGUGCCAGCGUGGUGCUGGCCCUGCGGAGCUACCGAGAGCAGCAGCACUACAUGGACAGUCACCGACAGCACGGAAACGCCAGCGACCCGCCAGAAUACCCGUGGUCGGGCACACUCUGA